AUGCUUGUCGGAUUCGAUCUGAGCUGUCAUCCUCUCGAGGGCCAGCGCCGCCGCCCGGCCACGGAUCAACGAACCGGCAGGCGGAAAGGAUUGUUCGCAGCCAAUGCGGGGGAAUCGUCAAAGUCUUCAGCAUUGGUCAAGAACGCAAGUACACGACACACGAGAAUUCGCCAGGAAACCGGAGGAAAUCAUGUCGCCACUCUCAACCGUCUGAUCAACACACUACAAGAGAGCGGUAUCCCCGGACCGCAGCUUUUCCGUCUGAAGAACGAGUUCUCACAUCAGCUUGGGCAAGGUGGUCAGGGCAACGUCCGUGGUCUGGACGAUGGAGUCGCGAGACUAUAUCAGAGGGCUGACAAGCGUAUCCGCAAGAUCUGGCCAGUCAAACAAAUUGCUAUUAAACAGUAUAUCAGGAUGAGGGGCGGGCGCGCUGACACUCGCUUCUGCAACGACAAUCUGUCGUCACGCUUCCGGGCUGCCGAGUGUGAAGUCCUCGCUCUCUCCCCGGGCCUGUUCAGAGACCAUCCCAAUAUUGUCAAAUUGGUCGGCUGGGGUCUCUGUCUCGACACCAUUGAGGAUCCUGCAAGCCCGUGCUGUGGCGGUCUGCAGCUCCCACUACUCGUCUUUGAGCGAGCAGAGAUGGACCUCGCCGAGUUUCUAGAACGUCUCUUCCCAGAGCCCCAACGGAGCGACGAUGCGCGAGCAGAGGAAGGCCUAGCUGGACCAUUCCUAGCUAGAAAGGCCGAGCCACAGCCAUCAUGGUGGUCUUGGCGGCUACAGAUGUGCUGGACCUCCCUCCAGCGCUGGUCAGGCCUGGAGCCUGAUCCGUAUGAGUUGGUUCGGCUCUUGUGCAUCGACAUCGGCCACGGUCUGCAAAGCCUCCAUGAGAAUCAUUUCACACAUGGCGACUUGAAGCCAGAGAAUGUCCUCAUUUUCAACAAUGGUGGCACUUGGACUGCGAAGCUGUGUGAUUUUGGAUGUGCGGUUGGCCAGGACAAGACAACCAACCAACAAGACGACGCCACUAUCCCGAAUGUGCAGAAGGAGGAAUACCUUGGAACACCGUACUGGCUGCCUUCCGGCUAUGAGCUUGCAGCCCUCGGGGGAUUUGAAAGCUUGCAGAAAUGCGACCUCUAUGUCUACGGCCUUCUUGUUUGGAGCUCGUUUUGCCUAAGAGGCAAACACCCACAGGCCCGCCCAGAGCUAGACGACGCUCUAUCCGACCUAAAGGAGCUUAGCGACAGACUGACACACAUGUUGCUUCCUCUCUCUCCAUACAAGCAGCGACUCCUUGAUCAGGUCUCUGCCUUGCUUGAAAAUACCAUGGUCGAUCCAGCAGAUCGUAGCCUAAAGCCAUGGACAUACCUAUAUCUUGACUAUGGGCAAGAUACACAAUCUGCUGAAUCAGAUGAUUCAGACUGCACACCCGCUAUCGAUAUCACACCUCCUGACUACCACGCUGUUGAUACCAGGCAACUGUGGCCGCACCUGACGUUAGAAAUGAAAGCAGGCUAUAAGGAGUGUCCCUGGUGGUGCAAGGAGUGUCCCUGGUGGUGCAAGGAGUGUCCCUUGUGGUGUGACGACCGUGCAGAUCACUGUAGGUCAGACCCAUUCAGGCAUAUAGCCACUACUCUAGGCGACCUUCCCGACGACGGCGGGCGCGGUCCAGCCUCCCGGGUGGCCUUGAGCUCGGAUGACAACUGCCUCAGCACCACUUUGUUUUCCACCGAGAGGCGUCACAAGAAUACAAUAUAUCUGCCCUCUUAUAUGUCUAGGCUACUUCGUGAGGGCCAGAGAAGCAAUUGGCAGGGGUACACUUGCCGAGGCUUGUACUACUUAGCCCGAUUUCGAAGCCGCGUCAAGCUCGAAUGGUGGGAAUUUUGUACCGAUGCAUGUGCAAAAAACUUUGUUAGGGCAGCAUUGAGAGCUUACCCUCCAGUUGACACUGAUACUCUUGCAUGGCUCUGCACAGGUCCGAUCGGGAGUGCCGAAGUUAGGGCACUGGAUGGGGACUUUUCAACGUGGGAGAGCAUUCUUUUGCCAGGGAGAUUGGACGAGUCUAUGAGACUCGACCGGUUCCUGCUUCUGCUUCAGUUCGGUGCCCAUGUCGAAAGAGAGGCAUCGACUCAAGCAGGCCAGCUGCGCGACAUACACAUCGAAGCCAGCCGGCAUUCAGGAACCGUUUUUUCACGUUAUUUGAGAUCAUGUCGACCAGCAACGAUACCCACUGUAAUGAAAGAGAUUAUCCACCGGCUCGGCAGAGCCUACAAGGAAGGAGCCAAAAGAGACCUGGCCAAAGACCACAACCAUCCGGCCAUGCAAGCACUUGCGCGGUGCAUGGCGCAAAAGAGAGACCUCUUCAACUCAGAAUCCUCGAUGGCAGCAACCGAGAGAGAACCAAUGCUUCCAAGGUACCAAGAUGGCAGCGCUACACUACCGUCCGGCUGGAAACGACACGCAGGUACUGGAUUGGAAUUCUUUGAAGACAUGUUUACGCAGUCCGUCACUUUGAUUCGACCCGAGAUCAGCCCUUUAGAUAUACGUCAAGUCAAGGUCGGAUUCCUCCAAAACCACAACUCAUGCCAUGUCGAUCUGCUCUCGUGCAUGCGCGUAGGAUCGAGCCAGAACAAGCGCCGCCAGUUCGAGCAGGAUCUGGAGAACCGGUUCCCGUACUAUGACAGCAACUGGUUCUCGUCUGAGUGGGAAAAGGAGCCCGACACCAAGGACGUGUUGAAGGAAAUCGGGGAGCCGUGGCGCAUCCGGACAUUCACAACGUUCCUACGCACGCCAGGGGUUAUGGACAAGAUAUUGGCCUUCCUUCGCAUGGCUGGCAAGGUCCUCGCUGGUGGGAUUUUUGCCUUAGCUUUAGUAGCCAUCUUGGCGGCUAUAGCUUUUGCCAUGUGGAUCACUUUUGGUUGGGUUGCUGUGGGAAUGAUUGUGUGGUGUGUUUCGAUGCUCAUCCUCGUGUACAUCGAGUCGCCAAAGAUGCAGUGA